AUGGGGCUUCAAUCCGAAAACAGCAAAGCCCCGGCAACCGACUAUAAGCCUCCGAGGCUGAACACCUGCCCGGGCAAGGUCUUCGGUAACAUUAAGGUGUUUGUGUUCUGCCAUGGCCUGAUGCAGCUGUGUCAACUCCUCUACAGUGCUUACUUUAAGAGUAGCUUGACUACCAUCGAGAAGCGCUUUGGCCUCUCCAGUUUGUCCUCUGGCUUUAUCUCCAGUUUACAUGAGAUUGGCAAUGUCAUCCUCAUCAUCUUUGUGAGCUACUUUGGUAGUCGAGUUCAUCGACCUCGGAUCAUUGGCCUGGGAGGUCUGCUGUUGGCACUAGGGGCCUUCCUUUUGACUCUUCCUCAUUUCCUUUCUGGCCGAUAUGAAUAUUCUUCAGCACAAAUCAAUAACCAGAGCAGCCAGUCCAGAUUAGAGCUCUGUCAAGGAGGAUUUAAGUGUUUGAAUGCCACUGUGAACGUCCAGGCAGAGGCUAGUAUCAUGUGGGGAUUAAUGAUACUUGCCCAACUCUUGGCUGGAAUUGGAACAGUCCCUAUCCAGCCUUUUGGAAUUUCCUACGUGGAUGACUUUGCUGAACCAAACAAUUCUCCUUUGUACAUAGCAAUCUUAUUUUCCAUCUCAGUGUUUGGUCCAGCUUUUGGCUACCUACUUGGCUCUGCAGCAUUGAGGAUUUUUGUGGAUUUUGGACGGGUUAGCCCAAAGGAUGUAAACCUGACCCCAGAUGACCCUCGUUGGAUUGGAGCAUGGUGGUUGGGUCUUCUCGUUGCUGCUGGUUGUUUGCUACUCUGUUCCAUUCCCUAUUUCUUCUUCCCUCGAUAUAUGCUGAAAGGGAAGGAAGCAUCUGAAGCAGAUAUCCUGAAGAAGAUUGAGAAAACAAAGGCAGAGGAAGAGUCCCUGAUGGUUUUUAUCAAAAAGUUCCCACAAGGCUUCUUAAGACUGCUCCUCAAUCCUCUCUUCAUGUUGUUGGUCUUGACACAAUGCAGCUUCUCCUCUAUUAUUGCUGGGCUCUCUACCUUCCUCAACAAGUACCUGGAAAAACAAUUUGGUGUUUCCUCCUCUUAUGCUAACUUCCUCAUUGGAUCUGUGAAUUUACCUUCAGCUGCCCUGGGGAUGCUCUUUGGAGGGUUGAUCAUGAAACGUUUUGCUUUCUCACUCAAAACCAUCCCACGUUUCACCAUUGUGGUGUUACUUUUUUCCACCCUUUGCUAUCUUCCUAUCUUUUUUAUGGGCUGCUCUUCGCAGACCGUGGCUGGAAUUCAUCUGUCCAGUACAUCAAGUUCCCCAGAACAAGAUCCAUGUAACCCUCAUUGCUCCUGCUCAAAGUAUCUCUUUCAUCCAGUCUGUGGAGAUGAUGGUGUGGAGUACCUCUCUCCCUGUCACGCUGGCUGUACUGGUUUCUUCUCUAAUUCUUCAACAUCUGGAAUGAUCUACACAAAUUGCUCCUGUAUCUAUGCCAAGAAUGGACAAUCUUCCGCAAAGACUGGAUCUUGCUCUGUUAGCUGUGCCCAUCUAUUGUUGCCUGUUAUAUUCAUCAUCUCAUUUUCUGCAUUGAUUGCCUGUCUAUCUCACAACCCUCUCUACAUGAUGGUGUUACGAGUGGUGUCCUGUGAUGAAAAGUCUUUUGCUAUUGGAGUCCAGUUCCUGUUGAUGAGAUUACUGGCCUGGUUGCCAGCUCCCACCCUCUUUGGUAUCCUAAUUGACUCUUCCUGCAUAUGGUGGAAGAAAGCCUGCAACAGUAAGAGUGGAGCCUGCCAUUAUUAUAACAAUAGCUUGUUCCGCAGCAGAUACUUAGGCCUCCAGGUUGGCUACAAAAUUAUUGGCAUUCUGCUGUUAUCUUUCAUCAGCUGGAAGCUGACCAGGAACAAGCAAUACAAUGUGCAAGAUAAAGCUGCUGACCCAGAAUAGCUCUACACUACAACAAGACCUGCUUCAAGCAUCAUUUUGUAUGAUGUUUGAAUUUACUUAACUUGGCCUUUGUGCCUUUUGUUUUAUAAUUUUUUUUAACAAUACAGACACCAUUUUAUAUUAGCAGCUGAACUUGGAACUCCUACAUGAACAGUUUCUGCUGCAUGUAGUCCAGCUAAAAGAACAUAUUUGUGUUGGGGAACAGAGAUCACACAGCCAGCUCAUCUCAUUGAGAGGCAUCGAAAUGAAAACACCCACCAAAAGGGAGCCCACCCCACCACUGGCUACAGUGGUAGAGGCAUCUUCAAAGACUGGCCCAUCUGCAUGUACAGAGGUUUGGAAGACAAUGGGUUCUCUUGUUUUUAUGUCAAAACAAUGGAAAUGGCUAGCAAAAACUGUUAACACUUAAAAGAACCGUAUGAGUCACUUAAAAGUUGUUAGCAGGGGGAAGCCGUCCAAUUUGGCUAUGGGGUCUUGGACUGUUCUACUCAAUCAACUUUGAUGCAUUAUCCAAGCUUGCCAAAGGAAUGGGACCAAGGGAGAAGCAAUCUCAACUUGUCUGCCCUCUCUCGUGCCUUCGCUGCUUUUUCCUUUACUAUACAGGCCAGAACGGAUAAAAAUCCCAGUUGAUGUAUAACGUUGGUUGUUAUGACAUGUAUACUUUUAAAUAAAAAACUUUUUUUUCUAGUUUGUUCUUACUGGUUUUUUACUGGCAGAUUUUGAAGAAGCCACUUUUUUUCAAUAUUUCCCCUACUUUUGAGCCUCCUUGUUGCUAUAGGCAUAUAUAUGUUUGACUUUGGAAUUUUUUGACAUGGUACUAAUCCAAAUUUUAAUUCUAGGAAUUGUUUUAGUCAUGGGAUAGUUUUUAAUUAGUAAUGAAAAUAUAGAUAUUUCAUCAAGAAAUGAUUCAUUUCUCAUGUUACUUUCUCUUCAACUUACAACUUGUCAUUUUGGUCUUUCCCCUACUUCCCAAAACUGAAGAGUACUUGGGGAGACAGAGAAAGUCUGUUAAGCUUCUUAAAUCUAAAACCACUAACAUGCUGUUUAGUUUAUGUUGCACUGUAUUUGCUUGAGAUUUGACUCAAUUGAAGGGAGUCUUCAAUUCUCUAUUCUGCUUGAGGACAAGAGCAAGAUGCAAAUAAACAACUGGAUUAAUAAAUUGAUUAGGAAGCAUGCCUUAAAGAAAGAGAUGCACUGUUGGCGAACAACUGUUUUAGGUGUUUACAAAAUUAUAAAGUUUGAGGAAAGUGUAGGUUAUUUUCCAACUCCGUAAAUUUAGUGGUUCCUUCAAACCUUUUUAAAAAAAAUAUCUGCAUAAAAAUAAAAACUUAACUACAAAGAAAUGUUGUACCACCACCUAGUGGCACAUUGAUUUAUGACAGAUAUAUUUUGUUAUGCUUAACAUUCAGAGUUGUUUUCUUAUACUGCGUGCCAAAUCUGAGCAAUAGGACAAUUUAAGGUACAGUUUGUUUUUUGCUGAUUUUUGGUUU